CACAAGCAUUAUCACACACACAAUGUCUGGGACUUCAAACCUUAAAGAAAGACUGUCACAGCUAGAAGCGUAUCAAAGGCCACAACAACCCUGUGUCCCCAAAAUCCAACGCGUGGCACAGCAUCUCCGAGACCGAGAGCACUUGAAGAAGCACUACUCUCCAAAGCUAGUUUCACUGGGCCCCAUCCACCACGGUGACCCAAAGCUGGAGCUAGGAGAACAGUACAAGCAUAUGUGGGCCUCAACCUACGUCCGCGACAACAACACCACCCCACAAGCCCUAUACAGUAAAGUUGCAGUUGCAGCCAAUGUGGAAGAGCUCAAGGGCAUGUUUGGCGACGAUCUUUUCUCCAACGACCCCCGAGGCUUCGCGAGCGUGGACGAGAUGAUCUCGUGGAUGCUUUUCGUGGACGGGUGCGCGCUUCUGCAGAUUCUCGGAAACGCGGAUCUGAGCAAACCGAAUAAGCUGAACGUGAAGGUGGACCAGCUGGUUCUUGUGAUGAUGGACGUGCUUCUGCUGGAGAACCAGCUUCCGUACGAGUUGCUCAAGCUGCUGUGGGUACGCGACCAGGAGGAAUCAUCGCUGAUCCAAAUGAUGAAACACUUUCUCAAAUGUCAUCAUUGGGCCACCGAAAAGGAUCAUAAUAAAACCAAGCUCAAAGGUUUAACGCUGAAUAUGCCACUUGUUCAUCUUCUCAAUCUUCAGCGCACUAUCAUCCUGCAUGACCCUCAAGAUAAUCAGAAAAAGCAGAACCAGAAUAAUGACCCAAAUCAAAACACUGGUGAAAGUGAAAUGGUCACAUACAGAAACAUAAAGGAGUUGAGAGCAGCAGGGAUCGGAGUGAAGAGCAGUAGAACACGUAGGCCGAGUGACAUAUCAUUCUCCAAGGGUUUUCUCCGUUCAGAAUUGACGCUUCCAGAGAUCGUGGUAGAUGACACAACAGCCAAUACCAUGUUGAAUUUAAUAGCCUAUGAGAUGUGUCCAGAUUUUGAGAACGACUAUGGAAUCUGCUCUUACGUCUCCUUCUUGGACUCCCUCAUAGACCACCCUGAUGACGUGAAGGUGUUGAGAUCGGAAGGAAUUUUGCUGAACUCGCUUGGGAGUGAUGAGGAAGUGGCCGAACUCUUCAACAUCAUAGGCACUGACCUGGUGCCUGACAUGACCAAAUAUGCACGUACCAGGACUCAAAUUGAGAAGCAUUACAAAAAUAAAUGGAAGACUUGGUUCACUCUCGGUUGUCAUAACUAUUUCGGCAACCCUUGGUCUAUCAUUGCCUUCCAUGCUGCAGUGUUAGGGCUUGCCCUCACUUUUAUCCAAACUUGGUAUGCCAUUCACCCCUGAAAGAAAUAAUACGAGACAUGAUACGUUUACGUACGUGGGCAUGCAUUCACUGUGGCAUUCAAUCUGUUGUUGUUUUGUAUGGGAAUUAAUGUUAUUAUAAAUAACAUUAUUACAUAUAUGUAAAAUUUUCAAGUGGAU